CGUAAAGGAUUACGUUACCCAAAAUUAGCGCGAUCAGCAUGCGCAAAUAAUUGAGCAAAAAAAAAAAUAUUUAAAUAAAAACACAACAAAAAUUUAACUGAUUUGUGGAAAACCUGCGGUCACGCAUUCUCCAAUACAGUUACAUAUUUGUGUGAUCCUGUCAAAAAGAAUACCCAUAUCGUAUAUUCAUAAUGCCUUCAGCUAAACCACGCGGCGCGAAGCCCAAAUCGAGUCUUAAACGCGAUGAAGCACGCGGCAAGCGGAAGGGGAAGGAGGUGCGUGAACUUUGGUUCAAUCCGCACGCCAAGCAAAUGGGCGAAUCGUUAACGGACAUAUACGGCUGUGACUGCGAUUGUGAUGUGAUGCUAGAUGAAGAUGUGCAACAGGAAUUACGUAGAUUAUCGAAAGUUUACUCACGAACGGUAGUGGAAGAUGAGGAUGAGGAAGACAAAUCAAAAGGAUUUUUGUGCUUCAAAAAAUCAAAAUCCAAAGAAAGGGUAGAAAGGGAGAGAUCGAAAAGAAGAAAAUCUAAAGAAAGGGAAUCUCCGAGAAGAGAGCAUGAAAGGAAGAGCCGCAGUCGACCGAAUUCGUAUUUGCAUGGAAGAUUCAAAACACAAGAGGAGGUUAGACGUUAUAGAGAGCUCAAAUCAAUCUAUACCACCAGACCCAGGCAGCGACAAACAGCCAACAAGCCGACAACAGCUACAACAUGCUUCAAGAAGAAGAAGGACAAGAAGAGGGAAAAUGAUGCAGAUAUUGACUAUCUUGAAAGCUCAAGUGAUGACUCAGUAUACAGCGCCAAGCAUAAACAGCAUAAGUCGCGCAAGUCUGAUGCCGGGAGCACAACAAAGACAAGAACGAGAAAUAGUAAAGGUGACGCUUCCUCGCGUCAACGUCGCUCACAAUCCCAGCGUGAGAACGAUAAGAAGCAAAAGAAUAAGGAUAAAAAAUCCGAGGUAGGAUGUUGUGGCACACGAAAGAAAAAAUCCAAGGCUGAUAAGCAGGAGGAGGAAUUCGAGGCGUAUAAACUGGAGCAGAGCGCACCCAAGAAAAGUAAAAAGCCGACAGCAUCGCUGGAAUGUCCACUGACACCCGAAGAAAUCGAGUUACUGGAAAAAUUGAAGCAAACAUACGCAAGAGAGAAACCGAAAGUGGUGCGCAAAGCGCCGCCACCACCUCCACCAGAGGAGCCAGGUUGUUGCGGCUCGAAGUCAAAAAAAAAAAAACGUCGGUCCGAGGAUGAAUCAUUCACACCCAGAAUGACCAAAUCAGCAGAAAUCAAUGUAAAACGUAGAAAGCAACCUAAAACUGGUAAGAGUAAAUCAGAUAGCUCCUUCUAUUCUUCUGACAGAAAGGAAAAACGUACCAAACGGAUAAAACACAAAGACUGCUUCUGCUUUGGCUGUUUGAGACGAAGAUGUCAGAAUGGUAGACAAAUUAACAAACCGAAAAUACAAAAUGUGAAACGUCCAGCGGUAACUUUCAAGCCCCAUCCUAAAUCGGAGAAGCCAAAAAAAGUUGAAAAAGUGCGCAAGACAGACUCUAACGUAUCUUGCUGCUCGUUCGCCAUAAACAAUAAAAGAAAGAAGGAGGAUUUUUCUAAGCACAAGCCCGCGAAGAUCGUUAGCCAACAAAAAGUGCGAGAGCAAUCACCUGGUGCUAAGAGAAAACUUGAAAAGAAGUCAUCCUUUAUGUCAUGCUGUUCUUUGUCUAACAAGGAGAAGUCAAAGAAAGAAGCACCACCAAAAGCCGAAAGUCCCGAGAGACCCCGCAAGAAAACAUCUCUUGCAUCCUGCUGUUCUUUGACCAAGCGAGAGAAAUCAAAAAAAUUAGACGAUGCUCAAGAAAAGCCGCGGAAGUCUAAAGAACAUAAAAAACUGCCAGAAAAAUCGUCCAAUAUUUCGUGUUGUUCCUUCCUUAAGACGGAUAAAUCAAAGAAACAAGCUGAUCUUCAACAAAAACCAUCAAAGACCCGAGACCAGGAAAAGCCACAAAAGAAAGAAUCAAAGGUGUCAUGUUGUUCAUUCUCUAAAAGAGAGAAAUCUAAGAAAUUAGAAGACACCGCACAAAAGUCGCCAAAUACAAAAGAGCAAGAAAAGUUACCAAAGAAAUCUUCCAAUGUGUCCUGUUGUUCGUUCCCUAAAACAGAUAAAUCAAAGAAACCAUCUGACGUUCAACAAAAACCAUUGAGGACCCGAGAUGAGGAAAAGCCUCAAAAGAAAGAAUCUACCGUGUCAUGCUGUUCAUUCUCUAAAAGAGAGAAAUCGAAGAAAUUAGACGACACUGCACAAAAGCCGCCGAAGGCAAAAGAUCACGACAAGUUACCAAAGAAAUCGCCCAAUGUGUCAUGUUGUUCAAUCCCAAAAAAGGAUAAGACCAAAAAGGAAGUUGAACACAAACAUGUGAAAAUCUCAGAAAAAGUUCAAAAAGAGCCAGCAAGCAAAUCAUGCUGUCCGAUCUCUACAAAAGGUAAGCCCAAGAAAUCAGAUGAUACCCGAAGAAAUUUGUUUAAUAUGUGGUGCUGUUCGAUCGAUAAGAAGAGCAAAACAAAGAAGGAAGACGAUGCCAAAAACCUCAAAAACCAGGAAAAACUUCUAAAGAAACCAGCUUUCCAGAGCGAAAAAUCACCCGAAUCAAAGCCACCGAGAACCAAACAAAAGAUAAAAGUGAAAGAAAAAAUUUCCGAAGUAUCCUGCUGCCCGGCGUUUAAAAAGGAUAAACAAAAGAAAUCGGAAUAUACUCAACAAAAACCCCCAAAAAAGAAAUCAUCUGAAGCGUCCUGCUGCUCAAUUUAUAGAAAAGAUAAGCAACGAAAAACAGAUGAUUCUCAACCGAAGUCACCUAGAACCAAAGUAAAGGAAAAAAUUAAAAGAAAAGCAUCAGAAACGUCCUGUUGUUCACUCUUCCAAAAGGAUAGUCAAAAGAAAUCAGACGAUAUUCCAAAGAAACCACCGAGAACCAAUGUACAGACAAAAGUUAAAAAGAAGUCGUCUGAAGUAACCUGCUGCCCAAUCUUCGAAAAGGACAAGCCAAAGAAAGUAGAUGUUCCUAAGCAAAAACCUGAGAAAGUCAAAAGCACAGAAAAGGUGCAAAAGAAGCCAUCUAACACUUCUGUUUUUUCUUGCUGUUCAUUUGAUAAAAAGAGUAAGCCAAAAACUUUGGAGGGAACCAAAAGGAGACCCAUGAAAUCCAAAACUAGGAAGAGGGCCCAAAAUCCGUUCGAAGCAUUCUGUGCAUUUUGCAAAAAGAGAAGUACUAAACCAAAACCCAUUAAACCACUUGCCCCAAUUGAAUCUAAAAGUCCUCCACGACAAGAUCAAAUCAAAACGAAAAUUAGUAGACCUAGAACUAAAACAAAAUCGGAAACGUCAUUUCGAACCUGCUGGGAUUGGUGUGAUGGCGAUCUAGACGAUAUUCCUGCCAGAGAUGAAACAGAGAACGCGCCGAUUCCGAGCGAAACUAAGCAUGCAGCACCGAAGAGCAAGUCGUCAGGCACAUCCUUUUGGACUUGCUGUUCAAGCACGUGUGUACCAAACAAAGCUAAACGGCAGCGAAAGUCACAACACGGCAUUAACAUGAAAAAACAAAAAAGAGUAGAUGAAGCAACCCUCAAACCGAAACCUGAAAAUAUUUCUUACUGCAGUGCGCUCUAUGAAGAAUUUGAAAAUCUAGUCAUGCAACAAAAGCGAUGUCCAAUACUGCUAUCGCAAACCGAAUUCGACAAGAAAUCCAAAGGCCUCACUUACUGUCAACAAAACCGUUCGAGUUUCGCGAUAAAAAGGAACAGGUCCAGUUUACAAAACAAAUCUAAAAAGAAACAAGAAUCCCAAAAGAAAACUAAAGAAAUUGAAAAACCAAAAGCCGAGGAAGAUAAAGAUAGUCAAAGGAAAUUGCAAAAAGUGUCCAGCGCUACGUAUAAGACGCCUAAACGUAAAGUCAAAACGAAAAAGCAAAGUGAGAACUCCACGAGUGAUUCGGGUAUUGAGAACACGUAUGUGCCUGAAUAUGUGCUGGGGAAACCAGUACAGGUAGGCGUGUCCUUGGCGCAUGCCAGGCACAUGACCUACAGUCUCAUACUAAACAGCGAUACGCGCAGGAAGUCCGACAAGAAUUUCCACAAGGGAUAUGCUUACGGUAUUGGUUGUCAAAAUUAAGGCAAGCAACUACAUUUUAUAUGUGACCGCAGUGACUGCCAAUGCAAAUAUGUAUGUGGGUGGUCUCAUGUAAGACGUAGUCUUCGCGUUAAAUUUGUCAACUGCAAUAUGUGCAAAGGAUCCAAGAAAUAAACGUAGCU